CAAUGAUGAGACAUCGGAACAUUCUUUUGUCGGCAAGGAACCCCCAAAGGGCUUGGUAGACUUCCCCAACAUGGAGGAAGGACACGUUACUAUACAGAAGGAAUUUGAAGAGGAGGAUAUACCCCUUCGAGAGGAUGAGAACUUCUGGUACGGAUUCUAUUUCUGCACUUGGCCUGGUUGUGAUCAUUCAUUUCUCACACCUAGCGCAAGGCGGAAGCAUUUCAGGCUCCACUUCAAGCCCGUUCUCUGUCUUGCGUGUCCAAAGAGAAUGGCCUGGCAGAGAGAUAUGCAGAAGCAUUACGAUACCCAUUUCAAGCGGCCGCGUUAUCGGUGCCGAUGUGGGAAAGAUUACACCAGGAUGGAUAAUCUCAAGAAGCACAUCAAGAAGUCUAAGCCCACGUCCAAGACGGUACGGUCGAAGCUUUGAGGAUGCAUCGUGGUUUGGUGCAUUCUGUGUCAAAGCAAUUCUGAUUUUGGUUUGAAGCUGGAAAACUUGAAGAAAAAAAAGAACAAAACAAUUGAAAUUUCCAAAAAUGUAAAAAAAAAUCGAACA